UAUAGAAAUGUUUAAAUAACAGAUUGUAAUUAUUAUUAAUAAGCUAUAAAAAUUAGGAUUUUAGCUUAAACAAUAAGAAAAGCAUCAGCUCCUUUAUAAUAAGAAACUAUUUAAAUUUAUUUUUAUGUUUUUAUAAAAAUAAAUAUAGCUUCAAAAUCAAAUUCAGCUCUUUCUUUACUUUGUAAAUACUAAUAUUUUUGAUCUAAAUUAGAUAAAGCUUAAUUUUUUAAAAAUAAAAUGUACAACUAUUAUUUUUUAUCUAAAAAUCAUAAUUUCUAAUUUACCAAGUAAUAAACUGAAUAUUUUUAUUCAAAAUUACUUAUAAAAAUAUUAGUAGCGCGAUUUAAUCCUCCAUACAGAAUAAAAAGGGGAUAUUCAUUAUUUUAAUUGAUAUGCUAUCUUUUUUAUAAAAGAAUAAUAAUAUUCAAUAUAUAACCAUAUUUUUUUGAAAUAUUAUAUUCAUUAUUGGUAUAGUUCAGAUUGUUCGCUCUUUGAGUAAAUAUAAAUAUAUGUUGGCUUUCUUAAGAAAUAUUUAUUAUUAAAAGUUCAUAAAUUUGAUAAAAAUAUCAUAAAUUGCUUUUUAAGGCUUGAGUUCAUAUUUUUAU